AUGCCGGAGUCCCCCCUGACUCCCCAGCUCAGAAUGCCAGCCAUUCUGAGGUUCCGCCAGGAGUCCCAGGACCAAGUGCCAGAUCCACGGAGCGUCCUGCCUCAGCACAUUGGAGACUCAGCUGCACUGUGUGAGUUCUGUGGAGAGGCAGGGAGGCCUUUCCCCGACAUCAGCAACCUGAGCUCGACAGCAGGACUGGAGUUCUGCUGCUCCCAGGCCCGGCAUCUGGUCGAGGCUCUGGUCCAGGAGUGGAGGCUGUUGCUGGAGAUGCUGGGUCAGGGGGAUGACAGGGUUCUCGGCGCCGCUCACCCCCCCACCGAGGAGGAGGAGGUACAGCACAAAGCUUUGGAGAGGGAGGAGCGCAGACAGCAGGAGAGGGACCUGGAGCAGUACUACCAGGCAGCCAACUCCACCAUCUUGCCGGCAGACAGCAGCACACCCCAAACGAAGACCAUCAGCUUCCAGCUCUCCAGCUGUUUGCCCCAGGAGGUGGGCAGGGAGCUCUCUCAGGACUCUAAGAUGGAGGAGGACCUUGAGUCUAGGGAGGGGCAUGUCCUCGCAGGCCCAGGGGUGUUCGGGUUCGGCAUAACACACAAGAAGGACAGCAAAGGGUUCAGGGAGAAAUACUAUUCCCAUGGAAACAAGUUUCUCACAGUGUUUCCUGACGGCUCCACACAAGUGUUCUAUCCCUCUGGUCAGCUGGCCUUGCUCAUCGCCGUUGGAGACGGCCAGGAAGAUAUGGUCUGCAUCGUGCAGGAUGACCACGUGCCCGUGCCGCCCAUACGAGCCCUGUUCCAAUCCAACGGCAGGGCCACCUGCUACCACAGCAACGGCAGCAUCUGGGUGAGCAUAGACAUAUCAGGGGGGCAGUGUUUGGACGAGAGGGGGGCGCGAACCAGACGGUGGCGCUGGGGUGAGCACCAGGACACCCCCACGCCCCUCCGGCCCCUCUUCCUGUCCCUCAACCAGAGCGUCGGGGUGCGUGUGCUGGGGCAGGAGAGGAUGUUUGUGACCUUCCUCGCCAGGGGCUGCCAGGCCAGGUUCAGCGUGGGCAGCUGUGUGCAGGACGCGAGCUCCUCUGUCCCCCCCAGAGGACCCUCCAUUUCCAGAGAGGAAGUAUUCCUCCUGGCAGGCCGGGUUGGGCUGCACCAGGCUCUGGGGCGUCUCCAUCACUGCCUGCGUUUCCCCUCGAACCCGCGACUCCCGAAGGCCAGACCGGCCCCCUCCCUCGUCUCCCUGGCCAAAGCUCUGCUGGCAUUGAGCCGGAGUCUGCAGAUGGAGGAGAGAGACAGGGCCUUCAUCCUGGCCUGUCUGCAGGACUGCCUGUGACUGCCGCCUCACCUCGGCGCUUCACCACUCUGACUGCUCCUCUG